AUGGAUUCAACAGAUGGUUACUUAGCCUUUGGGACAAUUCGACUCGCCCGCAUCUCUCAAGAUGGAUCCAAUGAUCAAUGGCGUAUGGUCGGCUCGGAUGCCAACGACAGAGAACAUGCUCAUCCGUGCCCAGCCCUUUGCUUGGGUGAACAAAGACAAUGGCUCAAAACCCAGCGGCUUCCUCAUACCAGCGAUAACCAUGCUUCCUUAAGAGUGUACGCUUUACCCGAAGAUGUCAGCCGAAGUAGCAGAGGAUCAGUCAAGGAUUUUAGGAAAGUCCUUAAAUUCCUCGCCGAUUUCAUUGAUACUACAUCUGACGCAUGGGACGGUCGUCACGACCCGAGGACCCCGAUUCGAACGUACAGGGAACCAAUGUCAUCUCAAGAAGAAUCUCUCUUUUACAUCUUCAAUACUCUUCAAUCCCCGGAUCCUUCGAUAGACAACGCCGGAAGCUGCGUCGACAGCCAGCAGUCCAUGGCGGAUAUCUUCCGAGACAGUAUACAUGGCCUGAAGACAACCCUGUACCCCUACCAAAAGCGCUCGGUUGCUGCUAUGCUUCGGAAAGAGGCUAAUCCGGCAAAGUCCAUUGACCCAAGAAAGCCCCGAUUCCAGGACCUCAAUGGCACCGAGUUCUAUUUCGAUAUCCACGAAGGCGCCCUUCUCCUCAACCCGUACUUGUACAGCGAACCUCGAGGUGGCAUUCUAGCGGAAACGAUGGGCUACGGGAAGACUCUCAUAUGCAUCGCCCUGAUUCUGGCCACUCGUGGACACUAUCCCAAAGUCCCCGAAGGCAGACUCAACAUCCUUGACAAGCAGGUAAAUGAGCGAACACCCAGCCUCCUGGAACUGGCCGCCAAGACAAUCAAACAGGCAGGGAUUCCUUGGAAAUCCGAGUUUGCCCAUCUUGAAAAGGCGGGAUACCACUUCGAACAUUGCACGGAAACUCUCGACAAGUAUGAAGCGAAGUUCGCCGAACCCAUUUUCCAUCCUAUGACGCCAAAUCGUCUUGGCAAGAAACGAGAAGAUUGCAGAAUUCUUCGUUUGUGUUACGCGACCUUGCUCAUUGUCCCUCCCAAUCUUCUCGUGCAAUGGCAACAUGAAAUGGAGAAGCACACCGAACAGGACGCUCUCGACAUUCUUGUCCUAGAUUCUUCGACUAAAGAAAUUCCCGACUACAAAACACUGAUGAGGUACGAUGUAGUCCUGAUCACAAAAGCCCGUUUUGAGCAGGAAUACCGAGAUGAUGAUUUCAAUCAAGGUAGACGCCUGGGCCAGGAGAGAUUCCGCUCUCAGUUGACUGAGCUGCGCUGGUUACGAGUAAUCUGUGAUGAAGGGCAUGGAUUUGCAGGCUCAAGCUACCGCACCAAUGCUAUGGCUAUGUUGGACAAAAUGUCAAUUGAGAGGCGUUGGGUCGUCUCGGGAACACCGUCUCAUUCCCUUCAUGGCGUCGAGGUGAGUCUUGCGCUGAAUGAGUCCCAACACGAUAUGGGCGAGUCCCGAACGGGCUCGAUUCAGACCGCGUUGGAGCGCAGAAAGAUCAAGGAUACGACAAGAGAAGAAGUGAAAGACAUGGAACGUCUACGUGUCAUGGUGGUGAAGUUCCUCAAAUUGCAGCCCUGGGCCAACCAGAAAGGCUCUGAUUAUGCAGAUUGGAAAAAAUAUCUCGCUCCUUUUGAUGCGGAGCGGAAGAGACGAUUCGCACCUGCCUUGAGAGUCAUUUUGCAGUCUCUAAUCGUUCGACACCGCAUUGAGGACAUCGACAAAGAUUUGUAUCUCCCUCCACUGUACAACACCACCGUCUACCUGGAACCAAGCUAUUACGACAAGCUUAGUAUGAACUUGUUCAGACUGGUGCUUACGUCCAAUGCCGUCACCUCCGAGCGGAUCGAUGAAGACUAUAUGUUUCACCCCAAAAACCGCAAAUUCCUGAACGACUUGAUCAACAACCUGCGACAUUCGAGUUUCCACUGGGUCGGAUUUACGGAGCACGACGUGACAGAGACUUUGCGCGUAAGCAAUACCUAUCUUGACAAUAACAUCGAUAGAAUCUCCGAUGAGGACGGCGCGCUGCUCACUGAGGCCAUCAUGAACGGUCAACGCGCUUUGAACGAUCCCGGUUGGCGGGCUUUUUCCUUUUUCCACGAAAUAGGUGUGUAUAUCCAGGACUUCCCAGAACACGCCGCCCAAGCUUGGGCCCUCCAUGGGGAAGAUUCAACUCCACUGCUCCUUGGAACUGUGCAGGCGCGAGAGGCUCAACAAUUUGUGUUGAAGCGCGUGGACACUGACGACCCUGGCGCCGGCUUGACUGGCGCCGGGCUACGAGCUAUGCUUGCUGCGAGAGAGCGGGCAACAGAGGAGCAAAAGACGAGGAACAAAACCCUUUCCAACAACAACGGAAAAUCCCCCACGGUUGGCGCGGUAGAGGAACCCAAAGUCAAGAAUCAAUCGACCUCUUCCUCUUCGCUUUCUUCACCUCCGACCAUUCGACCUCCGACGAAAUCUGCCACUGCUCUCAACUCCCUGCCUUCGACCCCGAAGCGAUCUCUACGAACAUCCAACGCGACACUCCCACCAUCUCUCAUGAAAACCCGAAUCCUCGGCUUCACCUCCGCAAAGCUAAACUACCUCUGCUCGCGCAUCCUCUCCCUCCACACGUCGGAAAGGAUCAUCAUCUUCUACGACUCGAACAACAUCGCCUUCUGGAUCGCCGAAGCGCUCGAGCUCCUCUCGAUAAAAUUUCUGAUCUACACCAAUACCCUCUCCGUCAACCGCCGCGCCGCGUACCUCGCAACCUUCAAUAACGCCCACACCUUUCGCGUGUUACUUAUGGACCUAAAACAAGCAUCGCACGGCCUCCAUGUCGCCAGCGCUUCCCGCGUCUUCAUCGUCUCCCCCAUCUGGCAGCCCAGCGUCGAGUCGCAGGCCAUCAAGCGCGCACAUCGCAUCGGGCAGACGCGGCCUGUCUAUGUGGAAACGUUGGUCUUGAGAGGGACGCUCGAGGAGAAAAUCCUCAAGCGGAGAAAACAAAUGAGCAAUGCUGAGCAUGUCAAGGCGGAGAAGUCAUUGUUGGAUGAUGGGACGAUGAACGGGAUUAUUCGUGGUGAAGGGUUCUUAAAGAUCGCGGAAGGGGAAGAGAAGGCGUUGAAUCAUGGGAGGAAGUUGUUGGAUGUGCCUGUGCCGUUGUUUGAGAGGAGAGACCAGGGGCCAGGUCGCGGGGGAGGUGAUGCCGAGAGUGAAGAGAGUGAUUUGAUACUUGGUCUCGAGGAUGAGGACAAACAUGCUGCGAAGAAGAGGAAGAAGGACAACAACGGAGGAAAGGGGAGAGCGAAGGCCGUUGCAUUCGCUGAGAACGAAGCUGUUAUGAUUCCGUCUCCCUUUACUUCCUCGAUACCGCCCAUAUCAACACUGGACACUGAAGAGAAAGGCCAAGAACCUGAGAAUCCGACUCCAGGUUCCAAGUCCAAGCCGAAGAAAAGCGUGAGGAUUACCGCUGAAGUCCCGGGAUCGGAGCUUACGAUUCUUGAUUGA